AUUUUCCUGGUGAUUUAGUGCGUGAGGGGGACGACGCAGGCUGGACUAAGCGGCAGCGGCGGCGGCGGCAGCGGCGGUAGCAGCGGCAGCGGCAGCGGCAUCCACCCGGUGAGGUCAGAUCAGCCCGGCGGGCGGCGCAUUGCUACCUGGCUGGGAUCCUGUGCGGAGUUUGAGAAGUGCUCUGGACUUCCUGGUACGGGACCAUGGACAUUUUCCGCUCCAGUUCGGCCGGGGAAAUACCUGCAGCGAUGUGAUCCGGGAGGACCCGUCGAGUUGAGAGCAAGGUCAUGAGUUCCUCUAGGAAAGACCCAGUGGAGAAUAACCUCACCUGUCCAAAACCCCGCCCUACCUGGGCCUCACCCUGCCCCCCACCCCUGGACUCCCACCAUGACGUCUGAUACCGAGCAGGAUGCGGCGGUGAAACUUGACCAGGAGCGGGCGGAGAUAGUCGCCAAAUAUGACAAGGGAAAAGAGGCCACCGUGGAGCCCUGGGAGGACACCAACUUCCACCUGUACAAAGCAAUCGACCGCUUCGGCUUUGUUCACGAGAAUGAACUUCCAUCAUUCGACUCCGUGGAGGAGAAGCAAAAACACACGGAGGUGGAGAGGACCACCAAAUGGCUGAAGAUGAUGAAGAGCUGGGACAAAUACAAGAACAGCGAGAAGCUGGUCAGGAGGAUCUACAAGGGGAUCCCCCUGCAGCUCCGGGGGGAGGUGUGGUGUCUGCUGCUCGACAUUCCCAAAAUCAAGGAGGAGAAGAAAGACUUCUACGAGAAGCUAAAGGCCAGAGCCAGAGGAGUCUCCCCCGACAUCCGGCAGAUCGACUUGGACGUGAACCGCACCUACAGGGACCACAUCAUGUUCAUGCAUCGCUACGAUGUCAAGCAGCAGGCGCUCUUCCACGUCCUCACGGCCUACUCCAUGUACAACACGGAGGUGGGCUACUGUCAGGGCAUGAGUCAGAUCACAGCGCUGCUGCUCAUCUACAUGAACGAAGAGGACGCCUUCUGGGCUCUGGUCAAACUGCUGUCCGGGCAGAAGCACGCCAUGCACGGGUUUUUUGUCCCCGGCUUCCCGAAGCUGAUGCGUUUCCAGGAGCACCACGACCGCAUCCUCAAGAAGAUGAUACCCAAACUGAAGCAGCACCUGGACAGCCAAGAGGUGUUUACCAGUCUCUACACCAUGAAGUGGUUCUUCCAGUGCUUCCUGGACAGAACUCCCUUCACCCUCACCCUCAGGAUCUGGGACAUCUACAUCUUGGAGGGUGAAAGAUUGCUGCCUGCCAUGUCCUACACCAUCCUCAAACUGCACAAGAAGCACCUGUUGAAGUUGUCCAUGGAGGAUCUGGUGGAGUUUCUGCAGGCGACCUUGUCCAAAGAUUUCUUCUUCGAGGACGACUUUGUGAUCGAGCAGCUACAGGCGUCCAUGACGGAGCUCAGGAGGGCAAAGCUGGAUCUGCCCGCACCAGGUAAAGAAGAAGAGUUUCCCAAGAAGCCUUUGGGGCAGCUUCCUCCUGAGCUGGUGGCAGCAGGGGUGAACCAUGUGGCCAACGGUCAAAGCCACGCCGAGCCAGCCGAGCCUCCCAGGGAGCCAGGUCCUGUACCAGACCGUCAGCGGGACAGUCGACCCCCCAGCCGAUCACGCCGGGACUCACUAGAGAAAAAGAUCCGUCACCACAAGGCUGACAGGAGGGACGUCCGCUCCAGGGGAUCAGGGGAGAUCCCCAAUGAGCAGCAAAAGCAGUCCACCUCCACAACGCCUGACAGGGGAGUAACGCCACCCACAGCCUCCACCCCUGCACCACAGCUCAGCACAGUGGAUAGAAGGAAGCCUCAGAGCCACGCCACCGCCAACCACAACUCCAACGCAGCCUCCAGCUCACACAGAGACAUCACUCCCCGCUGGUUCAAACCUUCUGAGACAAGGCUGGAAGAAGUCAAAGCGGCGGCAGCCCGGGAGGUCCACUUGAGCCGAGGGGCUUCACCAGCCCCUUCCAGCCCAGAAGACAGUGCUAUGCCCCACCGCAAGGGCUUCGUCUCCGGCUCCAACCGAGGCUCAAACGCUUCUCAGUACGACAACGUACCAGGGCUGCCAGAGCAGAAUUUCGAGAUCCUGGAGCUUGAGAAACCUCCGUCCAGAAUGAGGACCCCUCGCAGUGAGACGCCCUUCAGUGUAUCGUCCCUCCAUCAGGGCAGCCCCAGUCACAGACCCAGCCUGACUGGGAGCGUUGUCUCCAUCGCAUCAGGGCCCAGGAUGGCCAAACACCCUCUGCCACCUCCAUUUUCCCACAACAGUCCAGCAGGGGUCCAGGCCAGCUACCCAGGCAGCCAUAGUCAGUACCACACCCCUCCCCAGCAGCACUCCCCAGGCAGAACUACAACGGAGGUUCCCAUCCUCCAUCCCGCCUACAGUGUGAGUCUGGACCACAGCGGAGAGGACAGACUAUAUGCUCCGCCCGCCCGAUUUACCCCACCCUCCAGCGUGGCGUACGGGGAACGAGCGUAUGCCACCACCCAGCGGCAGACAAACAGCCCCGAGAAGGCUCUCAUGAACAACUCCUUAACCACCUACCGCAGGCAGCCGCCACCUAGCUCCACCCACCACCCCCGUAACACCAGGCCUCCCCCAGAACACUCCCUUCAGCUGGAAACCCAGGGGAGCUCCACCCCCAUCUACCUGCAACAGCUCACCUCCACCACACAGGUCUAUGCUCCAGUGGACUACAGGUUUGAGGGGCAUCGGAGAGGCGAGGCGAACCCACACUACCUGCCAGAGGGCGGGCCUCGGCGGCCUGUAGAUGGGCUGCCGUGGGCGCUGGAUGAUGAGCUGCCCCCUAAAUCCCCCGGUGGGAUGCCACGCUCCCCCAGCUUCCAGCGAGCCCAAAUGUCUCCCGUUCAAGAGUUCACUUUUCCAGACAACCCAGACAGCCUGCUUCACUACAAGACACAGUUCCAGGAGCAGCAGCCCGUCAUAAGGCACCAGCUCCCCCAGCUGUUUGGAGGACCACACUACAGGCACACACAGGAGGCGUUUGCCAUGCAGGAGUCCAUGCUGCUGUGAUCAGAUGAUAGACAAAUGGCGAGACACUGAAAAAAACUGAGGUGUAGUCACUGACACUGUGAUAAAGACGAGCAGUAGUCCGAGCUUUGUUAGGAACCUGGUUUUGUUUCUGUUCUGUUGUUCUUUAUGUGUAAAGUACUGACCUUCUGACUGUCAUGCUGCAUCGUAACGCUGCAGGACACACCAGCCUCUGACGUUUUUUACUGAUCACUUUAAAAAGAGAAAAAAAAUCUGACUGAAGAUUUUAUUUUAUUUUUGGAUGUAAAUCGUUAACGAGAGGUGACAGUAUAUAUCUUUUAGAGUCUGAUAUGUACAGUGGAUUUUUUUUGUUAAUAUGCUGAGUUGUUAUCAGUAGCAGGGGAAUAUUCUCCUGAGACAACAAAACUGAUCAAUUUUCCACCUUUAUUUUUUUAUAUGUUACUUCCAGAUAUUUACAUUAGAGAUCGAGUUACUCUAUAUGCUUGUGAAUACUGUUUUUCAAAGAGACGAAAUAAUUCUCUGUCCAA